UUCCGGGGUCAGUAAUACAGUGAUUGUAUCUUCUUUCAGUUUUCCCCUUAAAACACGGCGGAUAUCAGUCGGUCUCUCUAGGGGACGUUCACACUUACGACGGCUUGUUGCGGACGUCAGUGGAGAUGAACUUCAUCAGAGGUGUAAUAGGUGGGCAGGGAGCCGGGCCGCAGCCGUCCGGAGCAGAGACGAUCCAGAAGUUGUGUGACAGGGUCGCCUCCUCAACUCUUCUGGAAGACCGCCGAGAUGCUGUCAGGGCUCUCAAGUCCCUUUCAAAGAAAUAUCGUAUGGAGGUUGGAACACAAGCGAUGGAUCACCUGAUCACCAUAUUACAAACUGACAGAUCAGACUCGGAAAUUCUUGGAUAUGCUUUGGAUACGCUGUACAACAUCAUCUGCAAUGAUGAAGAGGAAGAACAAGAUGAAUCAGAAGAUGAAGCAGCACAGAAGCAGGCAGACGAUCUCGGCGCUCAAUUUACUGAGGCAUUCAUACAAGACCCGGAGCACAUUACCCUGCUGCUCACAUUGUUGGAGGAAUUUGACUUUCACGUGCGUUGGCCUGGAGUGAAGCUGUUGACCGCUCUUCUGAAAAACCAGGGUGUCCAAGUGCAGGGCAUAAUUCUAGUCAGCCCCAUGGGUGUUUCUAGAUUAAUGGAUCUUUUGGCAGAUUCUAGGGAAGUUAUUCGCAACGAUGGCUUGUUGCUGCUUCAGCAGUUAACAAAAGGAAAUGCUGCCAUUCAGAAAAUCGUGGCGUUUGAAAAUGCAUUUGAACGACUUCUAGAUAUCAUCACAGAGGAGGGAAGCAGCGACGGCGGUAUCGUCGUGGAGGACUGUUUGUUGUUACUCCUGAACUUACUAAAGAACAACAGUUCCAAUCAGAACUUUUUCAAGGAGGGCUCCUACAUUCAAAGAAUGAAGCCCUGGUUUGAAGUGGGUGACGACAAUUCCGGCUGGUCAGCGCAGAAAGUCACAAACCUUCAUUUAAUGUUGCAAUUGGUACGAGUCAUGGUGUCCCCAGUGAAUUCUCCUGGAGCCACAGCCAGCUGUCAGAAGUCCAUGUUCCAGUGUGGCCUGCUGCAACAGCUGUGCACCAUCCUGAUGGCCACCGGUGUUCCAGCUGAUAUCCUGACAGAGACCAUUAACACUGUGUCAGAAGUUAUCCGCGGAUCACAAAUAAACCAGGAUUACUUUGCAUCGGUCAAUGCCCCAUCAAACCCUCCUAGACCAGCUAUAGUUGUUCUGCUCAUGUCAAUGGUGAAUGACAGACAGCCGUUCGUGCUCCGCUGCGCAGUCCUCUACUGCUUCCAGUGCUUUCUGUACAAGAACCAGAAAGGACAAGGGGAAAUAGUGGCCACACUGCUUCCUUCUACGAUUGAUGCCAACUCCAUCUCUGCCGGCCAGCUUCUGUGUGGAGGUCUCUUCUCACCUGACUCUCUGUCCAACUGGUGCGCUGCUGUGGCCUUGGCACAUGCCCUGCAAGACAAUCUCACCCAAAAAGAACAACUAUUGCGCGUCCAGCUGGCCACAAGCCUUGGGAAGCCUCCAGUGUCUUUGCUUCAGCAGUGCACCAACAUCCUUUCACAGGGUGAUAAGAUCACACGACGGGGCAGCAAAGUUCAGACUCGAGUGGGCCUGCUCAUCCUGCUGUGCACGUGGAUCAACAACUGUCCCAUUGCUGUCACGCAUUUUCUACACAACCAAGAAAAUGUCCCUUUUCUAACAGCACAAAUAUCCGAGAAUCUUGGUGAGGACGAGAGGCUUGUGCAGGGCCUGUGUGCCUUACUGCUGGGCAUCUGCAUAUACUACAAUGACAACUCACUAGAAAACUACACCAAAGAGAAGCUGAAGCAGCUCAUUGAGAAGCGGAUCGGGAAGGAGAAUUUUGUCGAGAAGCUCGGUUUCAUCACCAAGCAUGAGCUGUACUCGCGAGCCGCUCAAAAGCCACAGCCGGUGUUUCCAUCUCCAGAGCAAAUGCUGUUUGAUCAUGAAUUCACCAAGCUGGUCAAAGAACUGGAAGGUGUGAUAACCAAGGCAGUACACAAGUCCAGCGAGGAGGAGAAGAAGGAGGAGGAAGUGAAGAAAACAUUGGAGCAACAUGACAACAUUGUAACCCAAUACAAAGAGCUGAUCCGGGAACAGGAUGCUCAAAUCCAGGAGCUGAAAGAGCAGGUGACGUCAAUGACGUCUCAGAAUGAAAAGCUGCAGACAACGAUUACACAGCAGCUGUCCCAAAUCCAGCAGCACAAAGACCAGUACAAUAUCCUCAAACUGAAACUUGGAAAAGAGAGCCAGAGCCAGAGCCAUGUCAGUGACCAGGCUGAUGGUUCUCAGGUGAACGGGAUGCAGAUAGAAGAGCUCACACAACUUCGAGAGGAGCUGGAUGAGCUACGCCAACAACACACACUACUCCAGACACAGCUCAGCGACAAAGACACACUCAUUAACACGCUGAGGUCUGAUGCUCCAGACACAACAGAAAGACCAGCUUCAGACAACUCCGAGUUGAUUCAGGAGCUGGAGGCCCUGAGAAGUCAGGUUCAGUCGCAGUCGGCUGAAAUCGGGCAGCUGAAGUCAGAAAACCAGGAUCUGCUGAGAAAAGCUGAAACACUGCCUUCUGCUGCUCACUCCGACACAGACGGCUCAUCAGACAGCACCAAGAUGACAGAACUUGAAAGCAGGCUGGGAUCCCAGACUGCAGAAUCAGAAAGACUAAAGGAAGAGGUGAGAAGCUUGUCAGACAGCCGGAAGGAACUGGAGCAGCAGCUGGCUUCAGUGAACAGCACGGUGGCCAUCCUGCAGACAGAGAAAUCAAAGCUCCAAACGGAAGUUCAAGAGUCCAAGAAGGAGCAGGACGACCUACUGAUGCUGCUGGCUGACCAGGACCAGAAGAUCCAGAGCCUCAAACUGAAGCUCAAAGACCUGGGCCAAGCGUUAGACUGUGGCUCUGUUGUUCCAGGUGGAAGAUGACGACGACCUGGACACCAGGGACCCAACAGAUGAAGAUGAUGAUGAUGAUUAGAAUAGAACAGAAAAGCAAUAAUUUUGAGGCACUAAAGUGAAAUGACAAACGUGUGGAAGUCCCACACCCAAGCUGCCGUUCUACAUCACUGUUGCAUUUGAUUUCCACGACUCAGAAAUAUGAUCACGAUCAAACCUGUCAGGGGAUUCAUCUCUUAUCUCCCGUUCGUUCUCAUGUUUCCACCAGUUUGUUUGAGAGGGCUUGGAAACCACCAUCUCAUGUAGGAAAGACGCACAGCCAUGUUUUGUUCGCCCCACUUCAGUUGGUGUCUUGUCAGUAUUUUCACAUCGAUUUGCUCUAAAAUAUGCUGCAAACACUGACAGAAGAGAUGUAAAGACAAGAAUAUUUUUGCAACUUUGUGUCACGCGAUGGCAUCAAGUUCCUGUAAGAUAAUGUGUAACUUAUCAUUUUAUGAGUCACCUAGAGUAAUCUAUCAGUCUGUGAGGAGGAUUCAUUGUAGAUAAAUUAAAUUUUACUAAA